GUGAACACUUACACAACCUUUUUCUGUGUGCUUAUAUAAGACAGAAGCAAAGGAAGGAGAUAGAGAAACACACACAGCACCAAGCAGGACCUAACAACUACAGCGAGAAUUAGGUAAAGGAAUAAACAGUGAAGGCGAUGUCCUACACACUCCCAGUGGUGCUCUUGCUCAGCUUUGUCUUACACACACCGACGCUGAGUGAGAAGCUCACGCUGAAGCCUCCUGAGCACGAGCUGUUCAAUGGCUCUCUGUACGCCACAUGCAGGAUGAAACCCAACACCCGGCUGCUGCCGGGAACGCCCCGAGUGUACGGACACGUCCUGUUUAAACAAACUGGCCCACAGGAGAAGUUACAGGUGAUGUUCAGGCUGUAUGGUCUGCCUGACUAUUACUCAAAGUCCAGAGCAAUACACAUUCACCAGUAUGGAGAUCUCAGCGAGGGCUGCAUCUCCACCGGUGGCCACUACAACCCAAACGAAGUCAACCAUCCCCAUCAUCCGGGUGAUUUCGGAAACUUUAUAACCCGCAAUGGGAAGAUUCGACGGGCUGUAACCUCCAAAGCCACUCUGUACGGUGGCACCUCGGUGCUCGGUCGUGCCGUGGUGAUCCAUGAGAAGGAGGACGACAUGGGACAUGGAGGAGAUCCAGGAAGUCUUCUGCAUGGGAACGCAGGAGCACGACUGGCCUGUUGUGUGAUCGGAAUAAGCAGUUCCAAACCCUGGAAUAAAACCCGUCACUAAAUUAAUGUGAAGUUAAAUCUGUACACACGUCUGAGCAUCUGAUGGUCAUUCUGUUCAUGUCGUGUUCAUUGGGAGGAUAUAAUGAUGUCAUGAUUAGGGAAACUUGGAUAAAGGAACAAAGAAACUACACAUCUUACUACUUACUUUUCUUCUAUUUCUAAUUCUCCCUUAUUACUCAUUAUUUUGUCUUCUUAACAUGCAUUGUUCCUGUACGUCUACAUCCUGUUAGAAUGUCCUCAUUCAAAUGGGGCUGUGAUUUUAUUACAUCAUGAAGAUGUGAACUAUAUAAUAAGUGCAGAAUUAUUUUGUGUGAUGCAUCUAAAUAGUUUACAUCUUAAACAGUGACAGAAUUGUUAAAAGAUUCUUCUUCAUCAUUGUACCAAUUAAAUCAUUCGUCACAAACUGAUGUAAAAACAAAUGAACUGUCAGUUCAACGUCUGUGUAAUUGUGCCGUUUCUCUUUUAAUCCAGUUUAGUUCACUUUUAAUGUGUAAUAAAUAAUGUGUGAUUCAGGAUUU